UGUCCUAGCUAGUACAUCACUGUAAAAUCAUAACCUCCAAGGCCAGCAAUAAUGGCUUCAACCUCCUCACCCAGUCUCGCUUUAUCAUCUUCUUCGAUCACCAUUGUUGAUCUCAAAACUCCCAGACGCUCAGCUCCUUCUUCUCCACAAUGCGUGAGCCUCCCCGCUCCUCCUUCUCCUCCAAGCUCACUUCCUUCUCAUCAGAACCGUUCAUGGAAGCCCACUGCUUACCGUCGCAAACUUGCUCGGAAUGUUAUGGCGAUGGCGACAGGAGAGGCUUCCGACGUGGCCACGACUGAGCCGCCAGAAUUUUUGAAGACGGUUCAAGAAACUUGGGAGAAGAUCGAAGAUAAAUAUGCAGUGAGUACGCUGGGUGUGGCUGUUGUGGUUGUACUGUGGGGCUCAACUGGUGUGAUCUCAGCAAUUGACAGGCUUCCUUUGAUUCCUGGGGUUCUUGAGAUCGCUGGCAUCGGCUACACUGGGUGGUUUGCAUAUAAGAACCUAAUUUACAAGCCAGACAGGGAAGCUUUGCUACAAAAGAUAAAAGAAACGUAUUAUGAAAUAAUUGGGAGCAGCAGCUAGACGUGUAAGUAUUCCACUAAAAUUAACGUGGCUAACUUGUUGAGAUCAAUGUAUAACCAUAUGCUUCAUUUUGUCAUCGUAAUUAGGUUUCUGUAAUGUAAUUUGUAUAAUAAAAAUAACUGCAGCCUUUUUUGUUUU